CGUUACCAGGUCAACUUCAGCAUAGGCCAUCAGGAACAGGGUGAGGCACGCCGGAUCAGCCAUUUUGUUCACAUUGUUUCCGGGUGGACUCUCGGACAGCUGCACAGAUUUCACACGGCUACUCCCGACGGCUGCCGGGCCCUGUAAAGACCCGAGUUGAUUGGCAGGCUGCGUAUAAAGCAGAGGCAGACGGGGUCCAGUUAGAUCAGCGGACGGACGGACGUCCAGCGGACCAGAAAACACUCGCACAGACCGACCGACCGACCGGUAGACAGAUAUGGAGUCUGAACCUAUCAACAGCGAUGAGUUUAAGCAAGAAAGGGAUAGCUGGGAUCAGGAAGGGAAACGCCCAGCGGAAGACGAGGGAGGCCAGUCCAACAAGCGCCCCCGACCGCCGCCUCCCGUGGAUCUGAGGAUCUUGCUGCAGAGCAAGAAUGCGGGAGCCAUCAUCGGCAAGCAAGGUUUGAACAUCAAGCGUCUUCGUUCAGAGUACAAAGCAACCGUUACCGUCCCCGACUGCACUGGCCCUGAGCGCAUUUUGACCAUAUCGGCCGACUUGAACACAGCCUGCGCAUGUCUACUCGACAUUAUUCCUGUCCUGGAAGACUACCAGAAGCACUACCAGGAGCAUAAGGACCUGAACUUCAACUGUGAGCUGCGCAUGUUGGUGCAUCAGAGCCAGGCGGGCUGCAUCAUCGGCCGCGCAGGCUUCAAGAUCAAGGAACUGCGUGAGCAAACCGAGGCAAACAUCAAGGUGUACUCUGAGUGCAUGCCGGGCUCCACAGAGAGAGUCGUCGCCUUGACCGGAAAGCCGGAGAAAUGUGUCGGUGCCAUCAAGAAAAUCAUCGAGCUCCUGCAGAAAGCCCCCAUCAAAGGACAGAACAUCCCCUACGACCCGUUCAUGUACGAUGAGUUCUACGCGGCGGAAUAUGGCGGCUACACGUCAUACGACGACCAACGCGGCGGCGGUGGCCGUGGCGGCGGGGACCGGAGGGGCGGCGGUUUCUCCGGGCGAGGCGGUUCCGGGGGCGGUCCCAGAGGGCGUGGCGGCCCUCCACGAGGCCAUCGCGGUGGCCCUGGAGGUCAGGGGUCGCGGAUGGGCGGCAACAUGGGUCACCGCGACAACUUCCACGGCGGUCACGGCGGCGGGAGGGCCGGCGGGCCCCGCAUGAUGCCCUCGGAGAUGAGGUCUGGCCCCCCUCCCAGCAGGGGGCUGGGAGGAGGGGGGCCGCCCCCCAUGCGCAACAGGGGGGGUCUGAUGUCCCAGGGGGGGCAGGGAGGCAGAGGCGGCAUGGGCGGCAGUGACCGGAUGGGCGGCUACGGAGGCGGUGGCCGCGACUUUACCCGGGACGACUAUGGUGGCGGUAGCCGGUUCAGUAGAGACCGGGACCGUGACGGAAUGGGCGGUGGUGGCGGUGGCGGCUUUGGUGGAGGCGGCGGCGGAGGCGGCUUCAGAUCGGGCGGCAGUGAUCAUGGAUUUGGCACUGGAGGUAACAUCACUUCAACACAAGUCACAAUUCCCAAAGAGCUUGCGGGCUCAAUCAUCGGCAGGGGCGGGUCUCGAAUCCGGACCAUCCGCGAGAGGUCGGAGGCUCAGAUCAAGAUCGACGAGCCGCUGCCGGGCUCGACGGACCGCAUCAUCACCAUCUCCGGGGACAACGACCAGAUCCGGAACGCGCAGUUCCUGCUGCAGGAGAGUGUGCGAGGCGAUUCACUGAUGGGCGAUCAUGGGUACUGAAAAGGGUCAUGCGAAAGAACAGUGUCAGACAACACUCUGGGAAGCUGUUCUGAGCUGUUCCUGACCCGUGACCCUUCACCUACGACCUCCAGCAGCAGCAGUGCACCCUGAGCCAUUUUUUGUGCGUUGUUUUAGUUUGUAGUUUUAUCGCCCUGCGUAGGCAGCAGUUGUAUCCGGCUUCUUCGGCACAGUUUUAUUACUCUUUUUGUACGGUUCACGGACGCAGGCUCCCCGUUUUUCUACCCCUUGUAAAUUGACUACCCUUUCCUGCAAAUGUUAUUAGUCAGGGGUGUCUUAAAGUGUUCGUACAAGUUUUACCAAAUUUGUACGAUUUUUACGGAGUACGUACUAAUUUUAUGAAAUUCAUAUGAUCUACUACUACCAAAGAUAUGAAUUUUACGGUUUCAUAUCAACACAAGUUUUAUGGAAUUCAUAUGACUUUAAUCAAUUGUAAGGAUUGUAUGUAUUCCGUAAAACUUGUAAAAUAUGUAUGUUCCUUAGCAGUGGAACGUAAGAAUUCUGUAAAAUUUGAAUGUAUUCCGUAAAACUCGAAUGAAUUCCGUAAGAUUUGUAUGAACAAUUAAGGCACCCUUGUUAGUGGCUCCCAGUAAAUGCAGGUUUUGUAAAGAGGCGCUUGUGUCGGUGUUUCCCUCUGGCUUUUAUAUAGUGCAGUGACCGUGAUGAUUCGGACCGAGGUCCACUGAUAAACAGGGCUCGUGUUAAACUAACACCGUCGUCAGAUUUGUGUAAUAAUGAUUGUGAACUAAAAAAUGUGAUAUUAAUGUUGAGAAACUCCUUUCCACUAGACGCCGAUCGGCCGCGCAGCAACCAAAUUUUGACGUGUGCGACCCUUUGUCUCAUAAUUGGAAUAUGGGGCAAGAUGUACAAGUGUUACAUUAAAAUUAAAAGAGAACAAAACACACAGAAUGUAAAAAAAAUUCUUUAUCCAUGGAGUUCGUUGAGCGUCAGUCAAAUCUUUGGUGGCUGCAGCUUCUAAGUGGAAAGGGGGUGUAACCGAUGUCAUGAAAGUACUAAUUUUUGUUGGACUAACCGAAUACAUAGACGGAGAGUAUUUGAUGUGGAAGGGGUUCUUUCUGCUUGAACAUGUGGAAACAGGAUGCCAAAUGAAUAGAAAGCAAGAAGAGGGGCAGGUGGUGGAUGUAUUUUUAAGGACCACAUUGUCAGAUUUACUUUUUCUUCAAAAAUAAACUACUAUUGACCAAGA